ACAUUAGAAGCCACACAGAUCGGCAAUUGCAAUCUUAGAGGAAAAUAAAAGAAGAGAGGAAGGAAUGAGGAAGUAGCUGAUUUCACUUCAUUAUUAUUUGAGAAACAAACCCUCACACUUCCAACCCUCAAACACCCAAACGCCACAACACAACCUUCUCAUAUUGAUUCCCACAACACUCACUCACUCUCAACCCUCUACCUUCCACUAACUACACUUCCUCUUUUUCUAUCUGCACCCUUUCUCUCUUUUAUUUAUUUAUUUCUUAAAAAAAAAUAGAACGAGAGAAUCUUGUUCCAUUGUAAUGGCGGAUAUUCAACCGGCGGAAGCGGAGGAGCAGACAAACGGCGCCGGAACCCUAAUUUUGAACCCUUCCGAAACAAUUGGAAAGAAGCGCCAGCGAAGACCAAGUGUCCGAUUAGGCGAUAUCGGCGUCGACCCACCGUACGAAUCUCACGGCCGACGCAACAACAAGAGUUGGAAACUCUCCUUCGAUCACCAACGCAAGGAAAAAGACACAAAUCCCUCAGGUAAACCAUCAAAGACUCGACCUUUAACAAAUUUGAGUUCAGUUUCCGAAUUCAACGAAACCCUAGAUGGAGAUGAAAGAGAAGGGAACGUUGAUACCACCGUUGCAAUUGGUAGUUGGAGGGUUAAGGAAUCUAAGAAAAGAGGUUCUGUUGCCACCAAGAGAGUUAGAUCGAAUUGGGUUUCGAGAAUUGACGAAACCGGUGGUGGCGGUGUCGGUACUGGUGUUGUUGAGUUAGAGGAAAAAUAUAGUGGUGGAGAGGAUAUGGAUGAUGGGUAUAGAGAAUUCGAUGUUGAAAAUUCGGAAAGCCCUUUGAAAGAACAAAGCCCUAUUCAUUCAAUGGAGAAUUUAGGGCUUGAUGGGCAUAGGAGAUCUUUUAAGAGUAGGGAUCAUCAUGAUGGAAUUGAAUUAUCUGGGCCAUCUGAAAAUGAUGUUAGGGAUUGGAAAUGUGGUGAUAGGAAUGAGAAUGGUGGGAGGGUUAGGUCUGGUGAAGAUGGGAUUAGGAUUUGGCUUAAUGGUUUGGGUUUAGGUCGUUAUGCACCUGUGUUUGAAGUGCAUGAAGUUGAUGAUGAGAUUUUGCCAAUGUUGACACUUGAGGAUCUCAAAGAUAUGGGGAUUAAUGCUGUUGGAUCCAGAAGAAAAUUGUACUGUGCUAUUCAGAAGCUUGGUAAGGGCUUCUCUUGAGUUAUGAGCUUUAAUUGUUUUUAAUCUUUUUUAGUACUAGCAAGGAAAGAGAGAGGAUUCUCAGCCAUAGUGAAAUACUGAUGCUUGUCUGAAAUGAGUUCUAAUAUGUUCUCCCAUGACUUUUUGUUUUAGACUUGGAAUUUUUAGGUUCUCAUUUGAGAAACAUCCUUUUUGAAAUCCAGUGCCAGUACAUAUAACUGCAAGUUUUGUUGGAGAAAUUUUUGUUUCUCAUUUCCUCAAGUAAUUCUCGCUGUAUUGUUGUCAUUUGAUAACUCGGAAAGAUUAAUGUGGUUAAAAUAAGCACGUUGUAGUGAUCUUGGGAGAGUUCUUUCUAUAGAGAAAAGGUAAUUGAUGCUGCUUUAUUCUAUCCAUUGGAUUCCAAGGAUCCAAUUAUCAGUCUUGAAAAAUUCUUGUGUAGACUUUAUUUACAAUUGCUCUGUUGGCUAAAUCAUUUAACAAUUGAUACAUCAUCACUUUAUUUACGUAAAAUGCUUGUUCCAUGUAAUUGAUUUACACUUGAAGUGAUAUAUAUUGUCGAUUUUGAAUUGCUUUUU